UCGUCAUUUUCAUUUGUGAUUUGUCGUCUGUGUUCUGUCUGUGAAUUGUGAUAAUUUUCGAGCGGCGUUUUUAUCUUUCGAUGCGCAGCAAUAAUAAACAAUUAAUCUCGUAUAUUUCUACUUUAAUCGUAUCAAACUAAAUUGCAAAAAAUGGCCUCAUUAGCAGCCGCUCAAGUGCAGGAAGUGCGAUCUAUUACACGAAUAGAGAGAAUUGGUGCCCAUUCUCACAUUCGCGGGCUGGGACUCGACGAUGCCUUGGAGCCAAGAGCAGUGUCCCAGGGUAUGGUGGGGCAGAAGAUGGCUAGAAAAGCCGCUGGGGUGGUUCUGCAGAUGAUCAGAGAAGGUAAAAUAGCAGGCCGAGCCGUACUCUUAGCUGGCCAGCCCGGCACAGGGAAGACAGCCAUUGCCAUGGGGCUGGCGCAGGCUUUGGGACCUGACACACCUUUCACUAGCAUGGCAGGUUCAGAGAUAUAUUCACUGGAGAUGAGCAAGACUGAAGCCCUGACGCAAGCUAUCAGGAAGUCUAUCGGUAUCAGAAUUAAAGAAGAGUCAGAAAUAAUAGAAGGGGAAGUGGUGGAGGUGAUAGUGGAGCGAGCGGCCGGGGGAGGAGGGGCAAGAACGGGUCGGCUCACGCUUAAGACUACUGACAUGGAAACUAACUAUGAUAUGGGCACUAAGAUGAUCGACUCACUGCUUAAAGAGAAGGUGCAAGCGGGUGACGUCAUCACAAUAGACAAGGCCACGGGCAAGAUCAACAAGCUAGGGAGAAGCUUCGCGCGCGCCAGGGACUAUGACGCGACUGGACAGCAGGCGCGCUUCGUGCAGUGCCCCGAGGGUGAGCUGCAGAAACGCAAGGAGGUGGUGCAUACGGUGACGCUGCAUGAGGUGGACGUGAUAAACUCGCGCACGCACGGCUUCCUCGCGCUGUUCUCCGGCGACACGGGCGAGAUCAAGAGCGAGGUGCGCGAGCAGAUCAGCGGCAAGCUGCAGGAGUGGCGCGAGGAGGGCAAGGCGGAGAUGAUCCCCGGCGUGCUGUUCAUUGAUGAGGCUCACAUGCUGGACAUCGAGUGUUUUUCGUUCCUAAACCGCGCGCUGGAGUCGGAGACGGCGCCCGUGGUGAUGAUGGCCACCAACCGCGGCAUCACGCGCAUCCGCGGCACCGACUACCGCAGCCCGCACGGCAUCCCGCUCGACCUGCUGGACCGCAUGAUCAUCGUUCCCACGGCGCCCUACACGCACCAAGAGCUGCGCGAGAUACUGAACAUCAGGUGUGAAGAGGAAGACUGUCAAAUGUCCGCCGACGCGCUCACCGUACUGACCCGCGUGGCGACGGAGACGUCGUUGCGGUACGCCAUACAGCUCAUCACCACCGCGUCGCUGGUCGCCAAGCGGAGAAAGGCGGCGGAGGUGAGCAUGGAAGACGUGAAGAAGGUGUACUCCCUGUUCCUCGACGAGCAUCGCUCGGAGCAGUUCCUCAAGGAGUACCAGGACGAGUUCAUGUUUAACGACGCCGCGGGAGAUGCACCACAAUUGAUGGAGGUUACACAGUGAGAUGUAGAACUUUAAAAGUUAAAAUAUCAAAGUGACGAUUAUUCCAUAAAAACUUUAUUUCGUGACUUAAACGAACUUUUUGUGUUGACAUCAGAAGGUGAUUUUAUGUUAAGCCUUAAUUAAGCUAUUUUUUUGUAACAAAUAUAAUUAAGUGUUAAUUAAGUA